GGCCCCGCCAACAUGGAGCUCUCGCAGAUGCCGGAGUUCAUGGGGCUGUCGGUGUUGCUUGGGCUGCUGGCCCUGAUGGCGACCGCGGCGGUAGCGCGGGGGUGGCUGCGCGCGGAGGAGAGGAGCGGCAGGCCCGCCUGCCGAAAAGCAAAUGGAUUUCCACCUGACAAAUCCUCAGGAUCCAAGAAGCAGAAACAGUAUCAGCGGAUUCGGAAGGAGAAGCCUCAACAACACAACUUCACCCACCGCCUCCUGGCUGCAGCUCUGAAGGUACGCGGGGUACCCAGCGCAGUGCGCACUCUGAGACUCAGACCCACAGGCUUUUCCUCUGUAGUAUUCCGUGCAUGUUAUAGACCCUCCUGCCUCUGAUCAGAAUCAGCGGGGAUGCUUAAUUCUGUCCCCUCUCAUCGCAGCCCAACCUCAGCUUGCUGUUAAUCCAGGCAACGGGGCCCCAUCUCCCUGGUUCCAGGUUUGGCUUCCCCAUCUCCCCAAGGAGCUCCUAUUCACACUUCCUGCCACCCUUUCCCUAGAGCCACAGCGGGAACAUAUCUUGCAUGGACUUUAGCAGCAAUGGCAAAUACCUGGCCACCUGUGCAGAUGAUCGCACCAUCCGCAUUUGGAGCACCAAGGACUUUCUGCAGCGAGAGCACCGCAGCAUGAGAGCCAACGUGGAGCUGGACCAUGCCACCCUGAGCCUUCAUCGUCUGGCUGGCCAACGGGGACACCCUCCGUGUCUUCAAGAUGACCAAGCGGGAGGAUGGGGGCUAUACCUUCACAGCCACCCCAGAGGACUUCCCUAAAAAGCACAAGGCGCCUGUCAUCGACGUUGGCAUUGCUAACACAGGGAAGUUUAUCAUGACUGCCUCCAGUGACACCACUGUCCUCAUCUGGAGCCUGAAGGGUCAAGUGCUGUCUACCAUCAACACCAACCAGAUGAACAACACACAUGCUGCUGUAUCUCCCUGUGGCAGAUUUGUAGCUUCGUGUGGCUUCACCCCGGAUGUGAAGGUUUGGGAAGUCUGCUUUGGAAAGAAGGGGGAGUUCCAGGAGGUGGUGCGAGCCUUCGAACUCAAGGGCCACUCCGCGGCUGUGCGCUCAUUUGCUUUCUCCAACGACUCGCGGAGGAUGGCUUCUGUCUCCAAGGAUGGUACAUGGAAACUGUGGGACACAGAUGUGGAAUACAAGAAGCAGCAGGACCCCUACUUGCUGAGGACAGGCCGCUUUGAAGAGGCGGCGGGCGCUGCACCGUGCCGCCUGGCCCUCUCCCCCGAUGCCCAGGUCUUGGCCUUGGCCAGUGGCAGCAGUAUUCAUCUCUACAAUACCCGGCGGGGCGAGAAAGAGGAGUGCUUUGAGCGGGUCCAUGGUGAGUGUAUCACCGACUUGUCCUUUGACAUCACUGGCCGCUUUCUGGCAUCCUGUGGGGACCGGGCUGUGCGGCUCUUUCACAACACUCCUGGCCACCGGGCCAUUGUGGAGGAGAUGCAGGGCCACCUGAAGCGGGCCUCCACCGACAGUACCCGCCAGAGGCUGCAGCAGAAGCUGACCCAGGCCCAAGAGACCCUGAAGAGCCUGGGUGCCCUGAAGAAGUGACUCUGGGAGGGCCCAGCGCAGAGGAUUGAGGAGGAGGGAUCUGGCCUCCCAGCGCUGCUGCCACCUUUCCUCCCAGGUGGAAGCCUUUCAGAAGCGGUCUCCUGGUUUUCUUACUGGUGGCCUCGCUUCUUCCCAUUGAAACUACUCUUGUCUACUUAGAUCUCUUCUUGCUGGCUGUGACUCCUCCCCGACUAGUGACCAAGGUGCUUUUCUUCCUCCCAGGCCCAGUGGGUAGAAUCUAUUCCCACCCAGCGCUGAGGAGAGUGGUAGAGAGAGGAGACAGAGAGAGAACAUGAUUUUUGGCCUUGUGGCAGCACAUCCUCACACCCAAAGAAGUCUGUAAAUGUUCCAGAACAACCUAGAGAACACUUGAGUACUAAGCAGCAAUUUUGCAAGGAUGGGAGACUGGGAUAGCUUCCUAUCACAGAAUUGUGCUCCAUCAAAAAGAUACUAAGGGAUUUCCUUCUGGGCCUCAGUUCUGUUUGUAAGAUGGAGAAUAAUCCUCUCUGUGACCUCCUUGCAAAGAUGAUGUGAGGCUAAGAGAGUAUCAAGUCCCUAGGUGUAGAGGAAAAGUGGAAAAGAGUAGUACUAUUGUCCAGUGCCAUUAAAGUGGUAAAAGUGGGAACCAGUGUGCUUCGAAACCAAAUUAGAAACACAUUCCUUGGGAAGGCAAAGUUUUUUGGGACUUGAUCAUACAUUUUGUAUGGUUGGGAGUCCUCUCUUCGGGAGAUUAUAUCCUGUUUAAGGAGACCUCUUUUCAGUUCAUCAGAUAUUUGAGUGCCUACUCUGUGCCCGAAUAAAUACGUGCUGGAGAUUAAAUAUGAAUAAGACAUGGUUUCUGCCAUCAAAGAUGGCUGGUGGGAGAGAGAGAUACGCCCUUAUUAAGUGCUUUGUGUAGUUUAUUCAUAGCUACUGUUGUAUACGUCAAGGAAAGAGGACCAGAGCAGGACAGAGGCAAUGGGUAUUGAAGUUGAAGGGGUACAUUCGAUAAGAGAUUCAGUAUUGAGAAGUUUAAAUUUGUGAAUUUGAAGGCUGGAUGUGGCAGAUAAGGGAAAUGAGGUAUCUGGGAAGACUUGAGUGUAGGCAAAAUUUAUUCAUCCCAAGUCAAACUCUUAGUCUCUCUCAUGAAAACUACGACCUCCCCUGGUCGCCCCUGACCUCUCACCUCUCAAUGUUGGAAUAAGCCAUAGUCUUGGAGUUAUCCUUGAUGACUCGCCACUCAUUAUCCCCUCUGUCCCACCACCACUGCCGUCGUCCGUCCACCAGAACAUCCUUUUGGUUACACUCCAGGUGACAUCCUGAGGCUGUUGCUUCUCUCCAUCUUUUCUGUUACCAUCCUGGUUCUGGCCACUGUCACCUAGUGGGCCACUAUAAUAUGGCUUCCUAAUGGAUCUUCCUGCUUCCUCUGUUACCUCAUUACUUUUCUAUAUAGCAGAGUGAUCUUUUGAAAAUGUGAACCAGAUCACAUUAUUCCCUAGUUAAAACCCCCCAAGGCUUCCCAUCACACUUGGGAUAAAAUCCAAAAGAAUUUUUUUUCUAAACCAAAAAUAGUAAAAACAAUUUUUUUUUUUUUUGAGAGUCUCACUGUGUUGCCCAUGCUGGAGUACAGUGGCACAGUCUUGGCUCACUACAACUGCUGCCUCCCAGGUUCAAGUGAUUCUCCUGCCUCAGCCUCCAGAGUAGCUGGGAUUACAGGCAUGUGCCACCACACCUGACUAAUUUUUGUGCUUUUAGUAGAGACAGGGUUUCAUGAUGUUGGCCAGGCUGGUCUCGAACUCCUGACUUCAAGUAAUCCAUCCUCCUUGGCCUCCUCAAGUGCUGGGAUUACAGGCGUGAGCCAUCGUGCCCAGUCAAAAACACUUUUUUAAUCCAAAACUCUUACCAUGGCCUGCAAGGUCCUAUGUAACCUGGCUUCGUCCCCCAUCUAAAUGCCAUGGACGUCAGAUGGGUACUGUAACUCUGUGAAUGGGGUCAGUUACCUGGGUGUAGGGCAGUAGAAAGUGGGGACAGAAGUGAGCUGGAGGGCUUGUGUCCUGCCUGCGGGGUGGGGGGUGGCUGCUACUUAUCCAGCAGAAAUUGUCUGCUUUACAGAAGCUAGAAGUGAGCAAUUUAAAUAAAUAAAUGAAUAAACAAACACUAUCUGGACCAAACAAAACACCAAGGUAGGCCUGAUGCAGUCCAGCACUCUUCUUAUUGGCAGCUUCUGGCUCACUGUUGAACCCACCGGAAUGAGAGCACCACCGGGCAGACUCCUGUAAUGUCUCACUGUCAGCUCUGUGGUCCAGGCACAGUACCUGGGACAGUGUAAGCACUCAAUCAAUGUGAAACUCAAGCCGGGGGCAAGCCACAGACCUCCCAGUAUCUUCUCUGUGCAUCUUCCCACUCGCAGUCUCCAUUGUGGUUUUGUAUGUUCCUAACCACAGACUGCUGGCAAUGCUGUGCACAUAAGGCCUGAGGAGUAUUUCCUCGGCAAUUGUCGGAAGAAUGAGACUAAAAUACUUCCUUUGCACACCUGUUCUUUUUUUUUUUUUUUUUUUUUUUUUUUUUUUUUUUUUUUGAGACGGAGUCUCGCUCUGUCGCCCAGGCUGGAGUGCAGUGGCGUGAUCUCGGCUCACUGCAAGCUCCGCCUCCCGGGUUCACGCCAUUCUCCUGCCUCAGCCUCCCGAGUAGCUGGGACUACAGGCGCCCACAACCGCGCCCGACUAAUUUUUUGUAUUUUUAGUAGAGACGGGGUUUCACCGUGGUCUCGAUCUCCUGACCUUGUGAUCCGCCCGCCUCGGCCUCCCAAAGUGCUGGGAUUACAGGCGUGAGCCACCGCGCCCGGCCACACACCUGUUCUUGGAAGCAGCUCUGGCAUUACUCCCCUUGUGUAUGCAGGACAGGAAGUGGCGGUAGAAUGUUGUUACUGAAGUCAGAUGUCUUAAGUUCCAGUUCCAGCUGGGUCACCUGUUGACUUGAGAGCAGGUAGAUCUGUUGAACUCUCUGAGCUUGUUUCCUCAUCUGUAAAAUGAGAAUGAAUCCUAUGCUGCCCACCUUGCCAUGUUGAGUUUCAGUGAGACAAGAGAAAACACUACCAAAAAAUCAUUCCACAGACUUCUGAGAACAGAAAGUACCCUCACUCAAGCUUCUCUUGUAAACACAGAGAAGGUGUCUGGAUAUUAACAUAGAGCAGAGGCUACCAAUUUUUGUUUGUUUUAAAUCAAAAAUCCUGCAUGUGAAGGCAGUAUUCAUGUCAUAAUUACAAUUUCAACAUCUGUGGGUGUGAAAUUUUUCAAAAUAAAGAGUUGAGGAAAUAUUUUAAA